AUGCCAAAAUCUUUUUAUAUCACCACCCCAAUUUUCUAUCCUAACGACCGCCUCCAUUUAGGACACGCUUAUGCAAUGGUGCUAGUUGAUAUAAUUGUCCGUUAUAAAAAAAGUCAGGGUUAUCAGGUUUAUCUCCAAACUGGCAGCGAUGAGCAUGGAGAAAAAAUUGAAAAAAAAGCUAACUUAUUGGGAAUUUCUCCUCAGGAAUUAGUUGACAAAAAUGUUCUCUUAUUCAAGCAACUUUGGCAAGAAUUAGACGUUUCUGAACAUACCUUUUACCGCACUUCUUCUCUUGUUCACAAAGAAAAAGUUCAAAAGAUUUUUACGGAAUUAUUAAAUAAGGGCGAUAUUUAUUUGGGCGAAUAUCAAGGAAAUUAUUGUGUCCCCUGUGAAGAUUAUGUAAGCGAUAGCAAAAUUGCUGAUAAUAACCUUUGCCCAACCCCUAAUUGCCAGUCUGAACUAAGGAAAAUUAACGAAUCGGCUUAUUUUUUAAGAGUUAGUAGAUAUUAUUCUCAGUUAGUAGAUCAUUAUCAAAAAAACCCUAAUUUUCUUUUACCUGCUAACGCCAAAAAAGAACUCUUUAGCAAUUUUUUAAAGGAGAAUAUUCCAGAUUUGUGUAUCACUAGAAGCGACAUUAAAUGA